UGGUGGAUCAUGAUGCUGUGAAAAGUUUAAGGUCUUCAAGCAGUUUGAGAAGACCCUCUCAUGAUAAUGACUUUGAAGGUAUUUGCAACACAAAAUGGCAAUAUGCUACCAAGAGUGCCCCAACAAGCAUAUUCUCCAGUCCUGUUACUAGUCCACACAGAUUAAGCCGUGUAGGUGUAGAUUUAUUUGAUCAUUCCAUCAAUUUUUCUCAAGAUUUUAAUGACACCAUGACUAUGAGAAUGCCUGCUAAAACUGCUCGUAGUCCAGACUUGUCUCCUCGUCGUAGCUUGGGGAACCACAGUCCUAACUACCGCCACACUAUUCAAGAUUUUAAUGAUGUGUCGAGAUUGCCUGCUAAAACUACUCAUAGUCCAGACUUGUCUCCUCGUCCUACCUUGGGGAACCACUGUCCUGACUACCACCACACUAUUCAAGAUUUUAAUGAUGUGUCGAGAUUGUCUGCUAAAACUACUCAUAGUCCAGACUUGUCUCCUCGUCGCAGCUUGGGGAACUGCAGUCCUAACUACCGCCACAUUAUUCAAGAUUUUAAUGAUGUGUCGAGAUUGCCUGCUAAAACUACACGUAGUCCAGAGUUGUCUUCUUGUCGUAGCUUGGGGAACCACAGUCCUGACUACCGCCACACUAUUCAAGAUUUUAAUGAUGUGUCGAGAUUUCCUGCUAAAACUACUUGUAGUCCAGAGUUGUCUUCUUGUCGUAGCUUGGGGAACCUCAGUCCUGACUACCGCCACACUAUUCAAGAUUGUAAUGACAUUUUGAGAUUGCCCACUAAAACUGCUUGUAGUCCAGACUUGUCUCCUCGUCAUAGCUCGGGGAACGACAGUCCUAACUACUGCCACACUAUUCAAGGAGGGUCUCAUUCUCACCACUCUAAAUAUUUCACCAGAGUGUGGCUUGAAAAUAACCAUGUCGAUGGAUAUCCAUUGCCCCUUCCUCCGAGAGCUUCACCACCACCACAACAAUCAGCUGCACAACAUCAAACUAAUGUCACAUUGCAUCACUCAACCGAAAAUUUUCAUUCAAUGAAGGGUCAAUGGCAGAAAGGAAAACUUAUUGGACGAGAAUCGUUAGGAAGUGUUUAUAUGGCAACAAACAUAGAGACCGGAACCUCAUGCGCAAUGAAAGAGGUGGAUCUGCUUCCUGAUGAUCCUAAAUUUGCUGACUGCAUAAAGCAGCUACACCAAGAAAUCAGAAUUCUUGGUCAACUACACCACCCCAACAUUGUUCAAUAUUAUGGCAGUGAUAUAGUUGGUGAUCGAGUGCGCAUAUAUAUGGAAUAUGUCCAACUUGGAUCACUGAAUAAGUUUAUGCAUGAACAUUCUGGGGCUAUGACAGAAUCUGUGGUUUGCAAUUUUACGAGGCAUAUUCUCUCUGGAUUGGCUUACUUGCAUAGUACCAAGACUAUCCACAGGGACAUUAAAUGUGCAAACUUGCUGGUUGAUGCAUCUGGCAUUGUCAAGCUUGCAGGUUUUAGGAUGUCAAAAAUUCUGACUAAGAAAUCAAGUGAACUUUUGCUGAACAGAAGUCCCUACUGGAUGGCUCCAGAGCUCAUGGUGGCUUCCAUGAAGAAAGCAACCAAUCCCAACGUUGCCAUGGCUGUCGAUAUAUGGAGCUUAGGAUGCACCGUCAUCGAAAUGUUGACAGGAAAACCCCCUUGGAGCGAGUUUUCAGGGCAUCAAGCCAUGUUCAAGGCACUGCACAGAUCCCCGGACAUACCCAAAACUUUAUCUCCAGAAGGACAUGAUUUCCUUGAGCAGUGUUUCCGAAGGAAUCCUGUAGAACGACCAUCUGCAGCGGAGCUUCUAACACAUGCAUUUGUACAAAAGGAGACACUGGACCCAAAGAGGAAUCACGUAAACAUAUUCCAGGAGGCGGCUCAAAAAAUAACCGUGGUUUAGUGCCAGCUUCCUUUAUUUAGUCUCCCUUUAAUCCUAAUAUCCGCAAUUGCAUGACCAUUACCAAAUCCUCCAACAUUCCCUUCACCGUUAUGAGAAACGUGAAGCACCUAUGAAGCAUGUCAUCAGCUGAGAUUUAACUUACAGCGAGACAGGGACUUCUGCAUGAAUUUCUUCUGAGUUUUCAUCAGCAGUCUUACCGGAUAUAUUGGCGCUUACCAUUAUAGGAUUGUGUACAAACUAGAAAUUCAUGAAAAUAGAUGUAAGAGGCGAAUCGCAUUAAUUUGCAGUUAUUGUUAUGUAUGUACAUGAGAAGGCUAGGUUAGUUGAACCUACUCCACGAGAGAUAUUAUUAUUCACAUGUAAAAUUUUAUUUAUUUAUUAUAUAUAUUUUUUA